AUGACUUCUAAAGGUGCCAAAGAGACCAUCGUGUCCAAGUUGGGCUUCAAAUCCAACAGUUCUUCCUCCAAAGUUGAGGCCGAGAUGGAUCGCGUGAAGAAGGAGAACGCGCACCUCAGGAAAAAGAUUGAUGAGCUCGCCAAACGACUCAUCCGGCCGCCAGACUCUGAUAAAAGCAAGUUGCUCGAGAGGAUCCUUUCCCUGGAGACGCUGCGGGAGAGAAAUAACCAGCAGUUGUUGGUCAAAGAGCAGGAACUUCAAACUUUGAGACAGCACCUGACGGCUCAAGGAGGAGAGGUGGUGGCUUCUCUUCAGGCCCAACUGGAGCAGAGGAGGAGGGAGGCUGAGCAGAAAGACGCCCUGUUCCAGAGCGUGUCCCAGGAGACGGAGAACCUCAAAAACAAGCUGGCCUCGGAGUCCGCGCGCUGCCAGUCCCUGGAAACUCAGCUGGCAAAUGGAAACAAAGCGACCUCUUCUGAAAAGGCCUCGGUGCAGGAUCAGCUCAGAGAUGCUCUGGAGAAGAACCAGCAGUGGUUGGUGUACGACCAGCAGAGAGAGGCCUACGUGCAGUCAGUGCUGGCCCACACUCGAGAGCUGGAGCAGCAGCUGGCUCAGGCCAAAACACUGCACGCACAACCAGAAACUGCUACAAACUCUGAUGAAGCGAAGGAUGAAAGCCGGACGAAGCAGUCGGAGCGGCUGCUGGCGGCGCUGCAGAAAGAUUUAGAGAGACAGAAAAAUGAAGUCUCCAAGAGUGAAGUGGAAGUGCAGCGUCAGAAGGAACAGAUCUCAAAGGCCCAGGCUGAAGUCGAGUCUCAGAAGCUGCAGAUUUCCCGACUCCAAAGUCAGAUGGCAGCUUUGCAGAGCAGCUACGAGAUCAAGUGCACCGAGAUGUCAUCGCUGCAGCGGAAGUACGACGUGAAGAGCCGGGAGCUGGGGGAGGCCAGAGAGGAGCUGCAGGGGGAGAGACUCAGGAACAAACACACGGUGAACGAGGAGAGGAAGGUGUCCUCGGAGGUGAGCGACCGAAUGAGGUUUGAGCUGGAGACCACGGCCCUGAGGCUCGACGAAGAGCGGAAGAGAUCAGCGGAGCUUCUGCUACAGGUCAACAUGUUGCAGAAGUCUCUCUUCAGCCAAAAAGAAGAACAGAUAAGGAUGUCUUCUCUGGAACAGCAGAUCCAGCUGUCGUCCAAAGAGUUUGAGAAUGAGAAGAUGGAUCGGCAGAACAUGCAGCACCAGUUACAGAAAGUGCUGAAAGAGCUGCGGAAGGCUCGGGACCAGAUUACCAAACUGGAGUCUGCCAAACCGUGCAGCGCCCGCUUCUCCGAGCCGUCGUCCUACAACCGCUUCGAGUUUGAGCGUCUGACCCUGGAUGACCCCCCCACCUCCCCCUCCAAAGUCCCCAACCUGCUGGACGAGAGCUUCCUGGAGUGUCCCAAGUGCCACGCCCCCUACCCCACCAGCCGCCACCGCGAGCUCCUGGCGCACAUCGACUACUGCAUGGCCUGA